ACUCUCCUAUCUGCCCCUCUUCCAGACGUCAGCAGCUGCUUGCGGAUUGGAGGGCCCCUCGCACGGCGCGGCCCCUUUAAGAUAAGCCGCCGCUUUUGGGGACGCUCGAGCGCUCGUCCACCUGCGACCUUUAUGUCCAGCGCGGGGCUGUAGCUCGUCCUGCGGCGCUCCUGGGAGAUACCAUGAAGUUUCUUCACUGGAGCCUGGCACUCCUCCUGCAGUGGAUCCUACACGAGGCCGCGUGCCUGGAGAAGCAGGCAGCCAAGGCCCUGGAGUACCUCGACCUCGGGCCGGCGGGCUCCGUCAUCAAAACCUCCUCCUACGGGGUCAAGCCUGGCACCUCCCUCCACACCUCUGGCGUCCUCUCCACGGCCGACGACUUCCUCAAGUCCAAGCCCCCCACGUACAGCUUCCUGAACCCGUACGAAUGGGCCCGAAACCAGACCCUGCUGCUGGAGCAGACGAGCUACCGGUCCAAACGCAAGCCCUCGCUGAAGACGGCCAGGACGAAAAAAAUCUUUGGCUGGGGCGACUUCUACUUCAACAUCAAAACCAUCAAGUUCAGCCUCCUGGUGACGGGCAAGAUCGUGGACCACGUGAACGGGACCUUCAGCGUCUACUUCCGGCACAACUCAUCCAGCCUGGGUAACCUGUCCGUGAGCAUCGUGCCGCCCACCAAGCUGGUCGAGUUCGACAUCAUCCACCCCCAGAGCACGCUGGACACAAAGGAGUCCAAGACCUUCAACUGCCGGGUGGAGUACGAGAAGACCAACCGGGCCCGCAAGAACAAGCCAUGCCUGUAUGACCCCUCGCAGACCUGCUUCUCGGAGCACACGCAGAGCCAUGCCGCCUGGCUGUGUGCCAAGCCCUUCAAGGUCAUCUGCAUCUUCAUCUCCUUCUUCAGCAUCGACUACAAGCUGGUGCAGAAGGUCUGCCCGGACUACAACUUCCAGAAUGACCACCCCUACUUCGGCUGACGCCUGCCCUCCGCUUUCUCUUGGAGGGCACGCCCCUCGCCCUGCCCCGAGGAACGCCACCCUCGGCCGCUUGUCCUGCCGUGAGGCGCGGCCACCAAAUUCCUGACUGUGAGUCUUGACGUGGAAACGUGAGCUGCUGGAGUGGACAAUGUGAGCCAAGCGAAAGAUGUACCCCGGGAAAGAGAGCCCAUGUCGAUGCUGACGGCCUGCUUUGUAAAAUAAAACCAAAACACG